AUGGGUUUCAUCGAUGGAACCAAUCCUUGCCCGCCGGUCAUGAUCUCGUCCGGCGAAGAGGGAGAGCUGCCUCUGCCGAAUCCUGCUUAUCAUCCAUGGGUUCGUCAAGAUCAUGCACUUCUCUCUAUGCUCAUGUCAUCGUUGUCUGAUGAAGUUAUGUCCUUAGCUAUCGGACAUCACACCAGCCGUGCAGUGUGGACUGUCGUUACCUCCGCACUUGCCUCUUCGUCUCGGUCUCGCUCGAUGAACCUUCUCGGGCAACUUCAGACGUUGCAACAAGGUGAUGCUUCCGUCACUGAUUAUAUCGGCCGGGCACAGCCUGAAUUUCGGGGUCUUGUAUCUUCUCUCAAUGUCCGAGGAACAUCGGUGACCCUUCAUGAACUCUCGGACCUCCUCAGUGCCAAGGAGUUCGUCGCCGGCAGUGGAGGAUCGUCGCCAACAGCUUUUUCCGUCCAGAAAUCUGGGCAGUCUCGUUGCGGUAGUGGCGGCUGUCGCGGGAAUGGCGGUGGUCGUGGUCGUGGUGGUAGGAGCUGCAAUCGCUAA